GAAACCAUCCAGAUUAAGGAGGAACCCGCCGAGGUGUCUGUAACGAUACUCGAGCAUCCGAACGCCGAAGGGACGAGUGCGAACAAAUGUGCCCUGUGUGGGAAGACCUUCAGUUGCAAGUCGGACCUCACCAGGCACCAGAGGACUCACACGGGCGAGAAGCCCUUCCGGUGUUUCGAGUGCGGGAAAAGCUUCAGUCGAGGCGAUUAUUUGAUCUUGCACCAAAAGCUUCACCGGGGGGAGAAGCCGUACAAGUGCUCGGAGUGCGGCAAGGGCUUCUACCGAAGCACCCGGCUCAUCUCCCACAAAAGGGUCCACCUGGCCGAGAAACUCUACAAAUGUUUCCGUUGCGGGAAGAGCUUCGGCGACGAGGCCAAGCUCGCCCAACACAAGCAGGCCAAGCACACGAACGAGAGGCCGCACACCUGUGCCGAGUGCGGCAAGAGCUUCCGCCGGAGCACCCACCUCACCAGGCACCAGAAGAUUCACACCCGCAAAGCCCGUUACCGCUGCCUGCAGUGCGAGAAGACCUUCACUUGUCGAAAGCACCUCCUGUCCCACGAACGGACGCACACGGGGGACAAGCCGUACAAAUGCCUGGAUUGCGGCAAGAGGUUCAGCUUCAGCGGGAACCUGGCCUCGCACCUGAGGAUGCACACGGGGGAGAAGCCCUACCUGUGCCUGGAGUGUGGGAAGAGUUUCAGCCGGAGCGCACACCUCACUUUGCACCAGAGGACCCACACCGGGGAGAAGCCAUACACCUGCCUGGAGUGUGGGAGGGCCUUCAGCCAGAGCAGCAACCUCACUUCGCAUCAGCGCAUCCACACGGGGGAGAAGCCCUACGAGUGUCCCGUCUGCGGGAAACAGUUCUCGCGGGGCGACUCGCUGGUCUCGCACCAGAGGAUCCAUGCCGCGGAAAUACUGCUCCUUUUUCCAGAAAUAAUGGCGCUGACGUACAAUCUCCUUCCCAUAAUUUCUUUCUCAACUUCCAUUGGGUUAGAAAAGAGGAACGACGACGGGCAGCGGGAACUGUCGGAGGGCCAAGUGACGGAAAGGCAGCAGGGAAGAGCAAGGAUAUUUGUCAUGGGACCUCUGAUGUCUGGUAAGAUUGGAUCUUUGGCAGAAGCCUUGUCCGCAGUCCGUGCACCGAUACGGCUUCUCUCCCGUGUGGAUUCUCCGGUGGACAAUCAGGUGCGCCCUCUGGCUGAAGCCUUGCCCGCACUCCACGCACGUAUGCGGCUUCUCCCCCGUGUGGGUUCUCUGGUGCACCACAAGGUGCGUCCUUUGCGUGAAACUCUGGCCGCACUCAGCGCAAGCGUAAGGUUUCUCUCCCGUGUGGAUCCUCUGAUGCCGGAUGAGGUUGGACCUCUGGCUGAAACUCUGCCCGCACUCAACGCAGGUGUGAGGUUUUUCUCCCGUGUGGAUCCUUUGAUGGAUCACCAGGUGUGCUUCCCAGGUGAAGGUCUGCCCGCACUCGGUGCACUGAUGGGGCUUCUCUUUCGUGUGGAUUCUCUGGUGAGCCACAAAGUUCUUCCUCCGAUUGAAGGUCUUCCCGCAAUCCAAGCACUGGCGCGGUUCUUCGCCCGCGUGGAUUUUUUGAUGCCGGAUGAAAUUCGAUUGCCAGUUGAACAUCUUCCCGCACUUCAUGCACUGAUAUGGAUUGCCUCUCAGCUCUUCUCGCACUCAGAGCACUUGUACGGCUUCUCCCCCGUGUGGAUUCGGAGGUGCCUCACCAGAUUGGACCGCUGGCUGAAGCUCUGCCCACAGUCGACGCAUUUGUGCGGCUUCUCGCCGGUGUGCAAGCGCUUGUGGAUGAUCAGGUGCGCCCUCCACCGGAAGCUCUUCCCACAGUCCGGACAUCGGGAUACCCCAAGUAUGAAAACCGAAAAGGAAGCUGCAGGCAGCCCCACUGCUGAAUCUGAGGGGAGCCUCCAGCUGGUUGUGACCGGGAUUGUGGGGGAGGAUUUGCCCGUAGCGAUGCCAUCCCAGAUUAAAAUGGAACCGGAAGAAGGGCAGGUGACCACGUGGGAAGACCGAUGGCAGAAUUUCCUUAAAGAAGCAGAGUCCUCUUGCUCCAUGUGGGGAAACACCCCACCCAAAGGCGACUCGGAAAGCCACGGGAGAAGGAUCGUCACCAUCCCGCCCGGCUUCCAGCAGGACGAACAAACCAUUUCCGAGGAGGCCCACCGCCAGCACUUCAGGAGGUUCUGCUACCAACCAUCCGAAGGUCCCCGCAUGGCUUGCAAGCGGCUGAAGAAGUUCUGCUGGGGGUGGCUGCAGCCAGAAAGACGUACCAAAGACCAGAUCCUGGAGCUGGUGAUCCUGGAGCAGUUCCUGGAGAUCCUGCCGAUGGAGAUCCAGAGAAGAAUUCGGGGAUACGGAGCGGAGACAUGUUCCGUGGCGGUUGCUCUGGCGGAGGAGUUCUUGCUGAGGCAGCAAGAGGCAGAGGAGGCAGAAGAGCAGGUCUCAAGUCCAGCUGAUGAACAGGCUGGAGAUUUCUGUGAUUCUGGAGAGCCUUCGAUGGGGACCCCAGAGAGACCUCCCUAUAAAGAGAUGAAACUGGAGGGAAAUGAAGACGCUUCCUUAUUAGAAAGCGACCAAGAGAUGUAUCAACCUAUCGAAGAAGAUCAGACAGACGCUUUCGACAGAUCGGAGAUAGAAGAUGUUGUCAUUGACUACCCCGAAGAAAACGAAACACAGAACUCAAAAGAGAGCGAGCUGGACGGGGUCAACCUCUGGAGGUUCACUGUCCCGCCAAGACAGCACAAAGAUGGGCCACGGCACACCUGCCUCCUUUGUGGGAGAGCGUUCACCCGAAAAUCAAGCCUGAAUAGACAUCUCAUUAUUCAUACUGGAGAGAAGCCCUACAAAUGUGCUCACUGUGGGAAAAGCUUCAACCGGAAGACCAACCUGCUCUCCCACGAGAUGGUUCACGCCAGAGACAAGUCGUAUCAGUGUUCGGACUGUGGGAAAAACUUCAAACCGAAGUGGGGUGUCAACGCCUACCAGAUCGACCACACCGGGGAGAAGGUUUACAAGUGCAUUUCUUGUAAGAAGAGCUUCCGGCAGAGAAUGGAACUGGGGAGGUUGUUGAACGGGCAGAAGAAGGAAUCCACCGCGGGACAGUUGAAAGGGGAGUGGAAAGAUGGAGUCUUUGGCCCUCUAGAAGAGCGCGAGAAAGAGCCGGAAGGCGAGAUCACCGAAGAAAAAAACGUAGCCGUGAUCAGCCCGUACGACGACCUCGAUAAAAUGAACAGCUCGCCGAUGCUGUAUAAGGGAAGGCAGGGGAGCCCCUGCCCGAUUUGCGGGAAGGUCUUUGCCACGCAAUCGAGUGUGAACCGACACAAAAGGAUCCACACGGGAGAGAAGCCGUAUCAGUGCUCCGACUGCGGGAGAAGCUUCAACCAGAAGACCACCCUUCUAACCCACAUUGUGAUCCACACCGAGCAGAAGCCGUAUCAGUGCUCGGAGUGCGGGAAGCACUUCCGGCAUUCCUCGGGCCUGUUGGUGCACCAGAGGAUGCACACGGGAGAGAAACCCUACAAGUGCGCCAUCUGCCGGAAGAACUUCACCCAGCGGGCACACGUGGUCAAGCACUUUGUGAGAAAGCAUGCACGAGAGAAGCCGUCGGCUUACCUUUCUCAGUCCCCCCAGUAGUGGCGGCAGCUGUAACAGGAUGCCACUCUUUCGCUUUGAGUUUGGAAAUUGGUUUCUCUUCAGGAGAAACCUCCCCUCUUUGGGGUCUUCACAACUUUGUCCCCUUGUAGUUCACAGCACUGAGCACUUAAAACCACCAGGCAUGCACGACCCGCAGCCUCAAGGUCACAAGGGGUGGGUUGCCUUUUUGCAGAAGAAACGCUCAAAUUAAGAUCCGAAAUAGACUUGACUGUGCUUUCAAACAGCUCCUCCUCAAACUCGGUUUGUGGUGUGUGUGUGUGUGUAUGUGUGUGUGUAAACAGCACUGUCUGUUUGGGUCAUCAAAUACUCUGAAGACAAAGAUGAAACUGUCAGCUGCCUCGGCAAAAUUGCUGUGCCCCGUGACGUGAAGAUUCCCAAAGGCAGUGAAACCGCAAUGUGGGUCGUCUUCGCUUACUGACUGCUUCAUUCAGUGACCAGUCGAAGUUACAUUGGUGCUGAAAAGCUAACUUUACAACUGAUAUCUGCCCUCAACGGCCUUUCAGUAUGCUUUCUCCUGUGCCUGACUUGUUGUUUUUCCCACUUGCUUGCAGAUUGGAGAGAUUGGAGUAAGAUUGCAAGAGAGUAAGCGGACACACAAUGGGGGAAUACACAUUAAAAGCAAUGUAGUGGCAAUAGCAGCCAGUGUAUUCUUCAUUACAGACCUGCUUACUCUCUUGUAAUCCCUUCCUCUUCAAACUCUCCACUGUGUAAGGGAGAGUAUGGGGAGAAAACAGGUCAGGCGUAGGAGAGCUUUCCUACAGAAAACCCUCUUUUCUUCCCCCCUUUACAGAAUGGAGAGAGGAAGGGAUUACAAGAGAGUAAGCAGAGCACACAAUGGGGACUACACUGGUCUGUUUACGUAGCCAGAACCAAGACAUUGAUUUCAAUGUGUAUUCCCUAUUGUGUGCUUGCUUACUUACUCCCUUGCAAAUCCCUUUCUCUCCAAUGAUUGUAAAUAUACAUGUUCAUUCCCUUUUUUUGCUUAUUAUCCCAGAGGACUGGGAAAGUAGAGAAAAGGGAAACCCAGUGUCGGUCACGUGAUUUCCCACUUAGCGGCCGCUUCGCUUCACAACAGCUACUGGUCCCAAUUGUGGGUGUUCCAGAAUACGGUGGCCAUUUCAAAAGAAUUUGGCAAGUUUUUGAGCGAAUGGGAAUGACUGCAAUGUAUAACUGGUUGUAAACCCUGGCGUUCUUUUGCACUGUAGCUCUUUCAAACGAAAUGCUCAUUUUUUAUGUUACUUCUAGGCAUCCCGGAGUGUAUGUGUGGAGAGGAGAAUGAUGAAAGCACCUGUGACAUUGUGAACAUAAGCUCCACCCCUUUUGUUUAUGUGCCAGGACGUCCGCCCAUAAGAAAGGGACGGAGCUUGCUCUGCAAUGCCUCGACGCCACUUUCGCCCUGUCGAUCUGGCUUCGCAUCUUAACACUUUUUAAUACUUUUUAAACAUUGGAAUUCCCGCGAGGAUUCCGAACUUUUACAGACUGGGAGAAUUUUAACAGGCCCAUAAGGUUGGAUUACAAAUGGUUUCCCAGCUGCUGCGCUGGGGGCGUUGCGCCACCUUGGCAACUUGAAGUGGUGGGUACUUCAGCGCGGGGAAUCUGCCCUCUGAAAUGUUACCUAGACCAGGGGUGGUGAACCUUUUCAGCACCAAGUGACGAAAAGGUGCCACGUGCAUGUGCUUGUCGGGGGGCGCGCCCCGGAAGAGAAGCUGCCAAGUGGGAAUGCGCGCACUGGAAACCGAAAGUUCACUUCCCGGUGCCUUUUCAGCAUGCGCACCGGCCAGCUUCUCUUCCUGUUACUGGUGUGCAUAUGCGCAUGACGAUCAACUGGCAUGCGCGCAACAGAAAUCAGAAGACCAGCUCUUCUGGUUUUGCGGCACUGCCGCGUGUGCAAAAACCAACUGAUUGUCAUGCGCACAUACGCACCAGAAACUCAGAAGAGGGUUCGGUGAGGCUGCGCAUGCCCCUUCGGGCACACGUGCCAUAGAUGUGACCUAGAUGUUUUUAUUCUUUAGCAUCGACUGAUUUGGCUGCUGUUAAGUAGGAACUGAAUGACUUUUCUACUCCGUCUGUUUCUUAAACCAGCCAUCCCAUAUGUAUAGCAAAGCUCCGUUUGGAAAGGAUUGAACCUGUUCUGUUUACUUAAUUAUCAUUAACCGUAACCUGAUGCUUGUUUUUCAUGCUCCUGCUUUGCUGCUGAGAGAGGCUGGAAUAGUUGAACUAAUUUCUCAGAAAAUUUGGUUCUCUGUGGCAACUAAGCGAUGGGCACAAUCUCUGUCGACGGGGAAGUAAAGUAGAAAUAUGUUACUCUUCGCAGAAGCUGAUUAGAAUAAAGCUAAUAAGAACGUUG